AUGGGCAAUUCGUCGUCAACAUACCUCGCCAAUCGCCUCAACCCGACGACUGAGACGCUUGCGUGGCAUAUGCAUCCUCAUUACGAUGACAUUUCAUGGCUGAGACGUCCCGUAAUUUCCGACAUGUGUCAGCUGCCGCCUCGCGACUUUGCCAAGCGUUUAUUUCUUGCCCAGCACGCCUAUAUUGGAACCAUAUUCUCUUUUCUCACCGCCGACAGCUUUUGCACCCGUGUAGAACGCAUAUAUGCCUCUCCGCCAGACCUAAACGACCGAGAUGACUGCUUGACCUUUUGCCAGAUACUCCUCGUAUUCGCCUUUGGCCAAAUGUACUCGGUGAACCAGUGGACGGGAAACGAGGGGCCCCCCGGGUUUCAGUUCUUCAAGUGUGCUCUGCAGUUUCUUCCCGAUAUCCACGAAGAUGGCUCCGUUCUAUUUAUUGAGGUACUAAGCUAUGUCGCCUAUUAUAUGCAGACGCUAAACAGGCGUGACUCGGCCUACCUAUACGCCGGCCUCGCCCUCCGCAUGGCCGUGUCACUUGGAUUGCACCAAGAAGUCAUGGGUCAAGACAUGGAUAGCAAUCAACGCGAGAGACGCCGCCGGGUGUGGUGGUCUGUGUACAGUCUGGAGCGGUUAUUAUGCGUCACCUCCGGCAACCCCAUCUCCAUCAACGACAGCGACAUCAACGCGUUAUUUCCGAGCGCCAUGGACGGGGAGGAUCCGCAGUGCUCAGUCGUAUUGCGAGGCUACACGGAACUGUCCCGUAUACUAGGUCGCAUCGGCCAGGAUAUAUACCGGAAAAAGCCCCAUUCAGGCACAACCUUAAUGGCUUCGAUCCAGGGCAUUAUGAAUAGUCUUACGGACUGGCAUCAUCAACUACCCGCCGACAUGCGGCUCGACCAAGCAGACCUCGACAAGCCCAUCAAGCGUGAGAUGGCCUCGAUACAUCUCCACUACUACCACUGCAUCAACAUGACGGCUCGACCGCUUCUGCUGUACGCUGUCCAGCGGCAGAUGGCGGCAAACUCGACCGAUGGCGAGCGCAUGAACAUGUCUCGCUGGGAGGAUGACUUACCCCCAGACAUUGUCCGCGUCAUUGAGACGUCCAUUGCCGCUGCUCGCUCCAGCAUAUCUAUCCUCAACGCGGCCGCUACAUAUAACCUCGUUGGCCCUAUAACCACAGCAACAUACGGCUUCAUCGACGGCGAGCAAGCCUUUUCAGCCGCGCUUCUCCUCGUCAUGGUCAACAUGGCAUUUCCGUAUCGCCAAGAAAACGCCACCGCUAUGGAUACGGCUCUUCACGUAUUGCAUAGCAUGGCCGAGAAGGGCAACAAGUACAUCUGUGCAUGCCACGCUCUCCUUACCAAAAUCCGCGCCACCAUAAAACCGACUACGUCGAUGGAGGAAGCGACCACUGCCGACACCGGCUCUCAAGAGACACUGACAUUGCCAGGUAGCCAACAGCCAGAUGGUGUAUCGUCUUCCCUUGACAAUUCCGAAGACCCCUCAGUAUGGACCGAAGUUUUAGAGUCCCUUGGCAUUGACAUGGACCGCCAGUGGAUUGGCAGCUUUUCACUGACAUGA